AUUCACUCCGCACUCGGGCCGUGCCGAGGGGUGUGGGACACCUUUCUUGACCACUCCUUCAACUCUCCCGCAAGGCGUCGUACCAUGGCUUACGACGAUGAGCAUGCUGACAUUCUUGGCGGCCCCAUUUUGCAGAUACCAGAUACUGGUAUCCUGGGUCAAUGGUCCCAGUACUCGAUUCUAUUCAGGGCUAGUCUCAUCCUAGCACUUGGCCUAUUGGUAUCGCUCAUCUCAGUACGCGCCUGGGACAUAUGGAAAAAAAAUCAGGAAUUGGGCUACAGAAAAGCGAUGCGUCGCAAACAUGGAAUCCCAGACUCGGACUGUCGUCCCUUUGCUGUAGCAUAUGCUGCGGCCACCCGGGCGCGCGCUGAACGCGAGGCUCAGGACAGAAUACAGGCCAAUAACGUCACGGAAGAGCCUCCGGCGAUAAAUAAUCAAGUUCCGUUGGUAGACGCGCAUGGAUUGAGGCGAAGGGCGGCCGAUUCUGUUACGAAACCACAUGUUAAUCAACUCCCUGCCACAAGGCGUACCAUUUCUGGCUUUGAUCACAAGCCCAACGGAUUUGACUUUGCGCACCGAUAUAAUCCCCGCCUUCGGGAUGGCCUCCUUCCUCUCGCGCGCGAGUCCCUAACGCCUUUGAAACGUUCUUAUCGUCGCGCUAGCAGAAAGGAUCUUGUUUUCGACCCGAACGUGGCGGUGGAAGGCAAGAAACGAGCUUAUGAUCAUGAGGGCAAUCAUGAACUUGCAAUAUCAAAGAAGUCUCGUGUUGAUAGUGAUGACCUCAUUGACGAUGAUGAGGAACUUGAACUCCUCGAGGAAGAGGACGAGCUAGAGCCCGCUCAACGGGGAUCAAAACGGACUUUUGACUCGGAUGAAGAAGUUGAUUAUAUGCGCACCGAUGGUCGUGACAAGCGCCCUCGGAACAUGUCGCGAGCUCAGACACCUGAAGACCAGGAAAUGGAAGCUGUUGAGGACGAUGUCGCUGAAUUGCACCCAAUUCCUCGUGGGAAGAAGCGUGAUCGUGCUGAGGCUGGCUCGACUUUCGGCGGUGAUGAUGAAGAGGGGGUACUGGAUGAUCAAGAUGACAGGUCUCACCGUCAUCGCAAGCGUCGCACGGUUCGUCCAAGAAAACCAGAUGGUUCUUCUCGCGGCAGGAAGCGAGAUCGUGAUUCUGAAUCCCCAGCAAGCGAGGGCAGUACUGGAGGUUCUCAUAGGCACAGCGAACGCACCUCCAAGAAGAAGAAAGGGGCCAAGAAAACUUCUUCGGUGACAGCCAGCGAUGCUCUAGACGGCUCGCAGGAUCCCCUCUGCAAAGGUAGAAAAAUUGGCGAGGUGUGGGAAUCAAGUGGUGUUCAAUACAAGGUCGGGAAUGAAGGCGAACGGCUUCGUCUCACAUUGGUGAAAAAGGCUCGGAGCAAGUAUUCAAUGCCCAGGGAUUCUCAGCACCCAGAUCGGCAGGCUAAUAUGGAGAUCUAUGUGGAAACCUGGCUGACAGAUGAACAAUACAAAGACUCUGAGGAGCGGCAGGAACUUGUGUGGCAAGAGACGCCUAGAGCCUCGAUUGAGCCUAGCACCCCCGGUGAAGCUCCUCUAUCACCAACGAAGACGGGUAAGGACCUGCUCUGGGAUUCGAUGAAGAACAGCCCUGUUUCUAGUCGUGCCUCCCGCCAGUCGUUGACCAAUGGCCCAAUCCGGGUAAAUCCAUUUAAGCAGCCUUUACCUCAGGCUACAACUGGUCGACGUGUUGCCUCUUCAAAUGUUCAUACUCCACCAUUAAUUCCUGGUGUGGCCGAGGGUCCAUCUCGUCCGGGGUUUCGUGCAUUCUCAAAAUGGGAGAAGCAGGAUCUUGAGGCUGAGGCGAUGGCGAGGAUGCGUGCACGGAUGCUGGAGCAGAAGAAAGGAGAGAUCCCUCAAUCAAAGGCCUUUGAGCUUCCGACCAGUGCCACGGCACCUGAGCUAGGCCCUAAAGCUCCGGCUGUGCCCAUCAUCACAUUCACCCCGCCACCCCCUACUGCAUCCACGUCUGGCAGCACUGAGACAAAGUCGACACCGUCAUUAUUUUCAUUUGGUAAUACCUCAACGAGUACGGACGCCUCAAAGCCCACUGCUCCUACUACGUCUUCCACACCAGCAAGCGUUACACCUGCGGCCUCGGUUCCAGUUGCCAAUAAACCUAGCCAAUUCCCUACCUCGUCUACUCCACAGAUAACCCCUGCAGUGCCGCCGUCUUCAUUUGGCCCGCCCACGACACAACCUACUAGCACUACCACCACCGUACCUAUCACAUCAUCCACACCCUCUAUACCCGACUUUUUCGCUAAGCCAGCUGCACCAUCGACUCCUGCGCCUGCAGCAACCCCAGUUCCUACAUUUUCUUUUGGUCCCACGCCUGCACAGCCACUGUUCGUUGCACCUGCUUCCGUAUCCACCAAUACCUUUUUUGCACCAGCAGCAUCAGGCACAGAAACCGGCAAACCGGCACCAUUUCCUUUCGCAAAACCCAGUGUACUACCUCCCUCGGUGCCAGCAUCUACAUCAGCACAAGCUAACCCCACAUCGAUAUUUGGGGCCCCUUCAAGCAACGCUGCCCCAGCUUCUGCUCCACUGAAGUUUGACUUUGGCAAAAAGCCUGCGAGCACGAUCCCCAAGCCUGCUGCUGCAUCUCCCCCUACCGUAACUGCUACCGAUGCUGCAAAACAGACUAGCCCUUUAUUCGCAUUCUCGGCGGCCGCUCCCCAAUCCAGUCCCUUGGGGGCAAGUCCACAGCAAAAGUUCUCGUUCGGUCAGCCCUCGUCAGCAUCAGUAUUUGGUUCUGGUAGCAAUGCCACUGCUACAUCAAAACCUGCUGAGACCUCGGAAGCGCCCAAGCCCAAAGGAGCAGAGACUGAGACGCCCAAAUUUUCGUUUAGUCCGCUCUCCGGUGGUUCAGCGUUUAGCUUUACAGGUGCUUCAUUGGCACCCAAGUCAACGCCGAGCUUUGGAGCACCGUCAGGGGCAUCAGCCUUUGCCAUAACUCCGUCUUCGGGUGGUGAUGCGAAGAAGACGGACGCGUCAUUAUCAAUCUUUGGCGCCGCAAAUGCUGCCAAGGAAGAUGGAAGCAAGGCUGGCGCUUCUACACCUGCAGUCUUUGGUGGUUCUAGCUUUGGUACAAAUGCAAAUGGCAUCUCGAGCAAUAUCUUCGAGAAGUCCAGUGUUCCACAGCCCAGCGGUGACGUAAGCACGUCUACUUUUGCUCCCAAGAGUGUAUUUGGCAAUGCCACGUCGAGCAAUGCAUUCUCUACAACUCCUGCUGGAUCUCCUGCUGUAUCUGGCAGUGCCCAGCCAGGCACUUUCACGUUUGGCAAUGGGUCAGAUAAGCAUACAGAUAGCGUGAAGCCGUCACCAUUUGCUCCAUCAAGCAAUCCCACGUCUGCUGUCUUUUCAUUUGGGAAGAAGGAAGACACCGCAGCGCCUUCUUCGUCCAGUAUCAAUACUUCUACUGCGCCUGCAUCAUCGACGCCCACGUUUGCAUUCGGAUCUUCUGUGUUCGGUCAACCUUCGACGAGUAUUUCAAAUGGGCCAACGCAACAGCAAUCGGUCUUUGGGAAACCGUCAGCACCUACGCCCAGUGCGUUUGGUUUCAGCAGUGGGGCUGGAACUGGAACUGGAAACAGCACGUUCGCUUUCGGGGGUCAACCGGGAGGCCAAAACCAACAGCAAUGAUGCAUACCCAUGUUUUUAUCUACACUCCUGCAUACGUGACCUUGUACAGCACAUACCUUUUUCUGUAUUGCGUCUUCCCGGUACUUUAUAGGCGUACACACAAGUAUUGCUUAUCUCAUCGCAUGUCAUCGUU